AUGAAGGUGAUUGUGCUGGCUCUGACUGUGGCCUUUGUGGCCAGCACCCAGGUUAACUAUGUCCCAGAAUUUGCAGUUGGAAAGACAUACGAGUACAAAUAUGAAGGAUAUCUUCUGGGAGGGCUGCCUGAGGAGGGCCUGGCGAGGGCUGGGGUGAAAAUCCAGAGCAAAGUUUUGAUCGGUGCAGAAAAUCAAAGCAGCUACAUUCUGAAACUUGAAGACCCUGUGAUCUCAGAGUACAGUGGUAUCUGGCCCAAAGAGGUUUUCCACCCUGCCACAAAGCUCACCUCAGCUCUCUCUGCUCAGCUCUUGACACCCAUCAAGUUUGAGUAUACCAACGGUGUGAUCCGUAAAGUGUAUGCCCCGGUGGGCGUCUCUACAACUGUGCUGAAUAUCAUCAGGGGAAUCCUCAACAUCUUUCAGGUCAACAUCAAGAAGAUUCUGAAUGUGUAUGACCUGCAAGAGACUGGAGUAAAAGGUGUGUGCAGGACAUCCUAUGUCCUUCGUGAGGAUCCAAAGGCUGAACGCCUUCAUUUGAUGAAGACCACAGACUUGAAUCAGUGCUCACAAAAAAUCAACAGGGAUGUUGGCAUGGCUGGUUAUGCAGUCAAAUGUGAAGAGUGUGUGACUCGGGGGAAAAUGUUUGAAGGAGCAAUGUCUCUAAGCUACGUCAUAAAGCCCUCAGUCUAUGGUUCCUUGAUCGAAGAGGCCAAUGCGACUGAGCUCAUCCAAUACUCCCCUUUCAACAUUGUGAACGGAGCUGUCCAGAUGGAGGCUAAGCAGACUGUGGCCUUAGUUGAUGUCAAGAAGACCCUAUUAGAGCCCAUCAAAGCUGACUAUGUUCACCGUGGAUCACUGAAGUACGAGUUAGGUGCUGAACUCCUCCAGACACCAAUUCAGCUUCUGAGGAUCACCAAUGCUGAGGCUCAGAUUGUUGAGACUCUGAACAACCUUGUGAGCCUCAAUUUGGGCAAGGCCCAUGAAGAUUCUCCCCUGAAGUUCAUUGAGCUCAUCCACCUCCUGCGUGUGGCCAGAUAUGAAAGCAUUGAAGCUCUCUGGACGCAAUUCAAAUCCAAAAGCGAUCACAGGCACUGGAUGCUGAGCUCCAUCCCUGCCAUUGGUACACAUGUUGCUCUUAAGUUCAUCAAAGAGAAGGUCGCUGCUGGUGAAGUGACCGCUGAUGAAGCUGCUCAGGCCAUUAUGUCAUCCACACACUUGGUGACAGCUGACCUGGAGUCCAUCAAGCUUAUGGAGGCCUUGGCCAAUACCCCUAAGAUUCAAGAAAAUGCUGCUUUGCGGGAGAUCACCAUGCUGGGCUAUGGCAGCAUGAUUCACAAAUAUUGUACGGAGCACGUAGGAUGUCAAUCUGAGCUUCUCAGGCCUAUCCAUGACAUUAUUGCCAGUGCUCUUGAGAGACGUGACAAUAAUGAGCUCUCCCUGGCUCUCAAAGUUGUGGGUAACGCAGGACAUCCCAGCAGCCUGAAGCCGAUCAUGAAGCUGCUGCCUGGUUUUGGCAGCUCUGCCUCCAGUCUUCAGCACAGAGUUCAUGUUGAUGCCGCUAUGGCAAUGAGAAAAAUUGCAAAGAGAGAACCGAGGAUGAUUCAGGACUUUGCUGUUGAGCUCUUCAUGGACAGGGCUAUUGACCCAGAGAUCCGCAUAAUUGCUGCUCUUGCGCUGUUUGAAACCAAGCUACCCUUGUCUCUGGUGACCACUCUAGCUCAGAGACUCCUCAAUGAACCAAACCUGCAGGUUGCUAGCUUUGUCUACUCUUACAUGAAGGCUUUCACCAGGACCACCACCCCUGACUAUUCCUCUGCAGCUGCUGCAUGCAAUGUUGCCGUCAGGAUGCUCAGCCCUAGGUUAGAGAGACUGAGCUACCGCUACAGUCGAGCUUUCUAUUAUGACCACUAUUACAAUCCUUGGAUGAUGGGAGCUGCUGCCAGCGUGCAUUUUAUCAAUGAUGCUGCAACAGUGUUGCCAAGAAACGUCAUGGCAAAAGCUCGAGUUUACAUGUCUGGAGUGUUUGUUGAUGUUCUGGAGUUCGGAGCCAGAUCUGAGGGUGUACAGGAGGCCCUUUUGAAAGUCCGUGAUGUUGCACAGGAUGCAGACAGGAUCACCAAGAUCAAGCAAGCUCUCCAGGCUCUAAUUGAGUGGAGGGCCAAUCCUUCCCGCCAGCCCCUUGGCUCUCUGUACGUGAAAGUUCUUGGACAGGAAGUCGCAUUUGCAAACAUUGACAAAGAAAUGGUUGAAAAGAUCAUUGAGUCUGCACGCCGACCUGAGAUUCGCACUUAUGGCAAAAAGGCUUUAGACGCUCUAAUGUCUGGUUACUCUCUGAAAUACUCCAAGCCAAUGCUGGCUAUUGAGGUCCGUCGCAUCUUCCCCAGCUCUCUUGGUUUACCCAUGGAGCUCAGUCUCUACACUGCUGCUGUGACAGCUGCAUCUGUUGAGGUACAAGCCACCAUUUCUCCACCACCUCGUGAGGACUUCCAUCCUGUCCAACUCUUGCGGUCUAAUGUUUCCCUAAAGGCUUCAGUCGCUCCGAGUGUGUCUUUGCACACCUAUGCUGUUAUGGGAGUAAAUAGUCCUAUCAUUCAGGCUACGGUGAUGUCAAGAGCCAAAGUCCACACAAUUAUUCCUAAAAAGAUGGAGGCGAGAUUUGACAUAGAAAAUGGUUACUUUAACUAUCGGAUCCUGCCUGUUGAGGGUGUGAAAACAAUCGUAUCUGCUCAUCUUGAAACAGUUGCCAUUGCAAGAGAUGUGGAAGACCUUGCAGACGCCAAGAUCACACCAGUUUUCCAGUUAGACAAUUUCAAGAGCAAGAACCCCAUCUUAAGUCUUCCACAGAUCGUGAAUAGUGAAUCAAAUUCUGAAGAAUUUCUUCUUCUGAAUCGUCAAAGUGAAAGUGUCAGAGACAUGAAAAUCCGCAAACCAAUUGUGAAGAAGGAAAUGUGUGCUACCACAUACACAUUCGGAGUACAGGCCUGCGUUGAUAUUAGGUCUUGCAAAGCGACCUUCCUCAGAAACACCCCCAUCUACGCCAUAAUUGGAAGGCAUACUCUUAUGGUUAAUGUCACCCCAGCUGCUGGACCAGCCGUCGAAAGGAUUGAAAUUGAGGUUCAGAUUGGUGAAAAGGCAGCAGAAAAGAUCCUUAAAGCAAUUAACCUGAGUGAGGAGGACAAGAUCCUUGAGGACAAAAACGUCCUGAUGAAGCUGAAGAAGAUUUUGGUUCCCGAUCUGAAGAACAGCUCAAAGUCUUCAUCCUCCAGCUCCAGCAGCUCUAGUUCAAGCAGCUUGAGCUCAAGCAGCUCAAGUUCUAGCAGUUCUUCUUCCAGCUCCUCCUUUUCGAGACGCAAAAGCAAGACGCUGGAUCUUGCUGACCCGCUUAACAAAAAAUCAAGGAGCUCCUCCAGCAGCUCCAGCUCCUCCAGCUCCAUGUCCAGGGAACUGCAUGAACUGAACUUCACCAAGGAUCACACCCACCAGCAUUCUAUCUCAGCAGACCGUCUGACAAGCAAGAGCAGCGCUAGCAGCUUUGAAUCCAUCUACAACAAGGCCAGAUACCUGUCCAACACCGUCCGUCCACAGGUCACAGUCCUUGUCCGUGCCAUUAGACAAGACAACAACAACCAGGGAUAUCAGUUCGCUGCUUACUAUGACAGACAAACUGCCAGAGUGCAGAUCGUUGUGGCCAACCUCACUGAAAAUGACAACUGGAGGAUCUGUGCUGACAGCGUGAUGCUCAGCUACCACAAAGUGAUGACUCGACUAACCUGGGGACUGGAAUGCAAGCAGUACAACACCACGGUCACAGUUGAAACCGGUCGCGUUGAGAAGAAACCUGCAAUCCGAGUGAAGCUGGCCUGGGCGAGACUCCCUCAUUACAUGAACAAAUAUUCAAGAAGAGUCUCUGAUUGGUUUUACCGUAUCGCUGAGGACAUUGGAGUGAACAGGACAAAGGCCCACAAUGAACCCAGACAGAUAAAACUCACUGUAGUUGUUGUCAACGAGACGACCCUCGAUGUCGCAAUGAAGACGCCAAAGAGGACCUAUUCCAAACUGGGAUGGGUCGUUCCCUUGUACCUGCCGAUUAAAAACGCUGCUGCUGAGCUACAGACAUAUCAGGGCAAGUUGAUGGACCAAGUCAUCUUUUUGCUCACCAAGUCUAAUGCAGUUGAGUGCUCUGUGGUCAAUGACAAAGUGGUGACCUUCAACAAAAGGAAGUUCAAAACAGAGAUGCCCCACUCUUGCCCUCAGGUCUUGGCUCAAGAUUGCACAAAUGAACUCAAAUUUAUAGUUCUGCUGAAGAGGGAUCAAACAGCAGAAAAGAAUGAGAUCAACAUCAAGAUUCAAAACAUCGAUGUCGACAUGUAUCUCAAGGACAAUGCCGUAAGGGUGAAGAAAUGGAACAGAAGUUCCUCUCAACACCCUGCCAUAUCAUCACCCAUCAGACUACAUAUCGGCGUGAAAGAGAAGGGCAUUUCUCUGUUUGCUCCCAGUAAUGGUCUUCAGGAAGUCUUCUACAGCUCUGAUGAAGUGCAGGUUUGGGUGGUGGACUGGAUGAGAGGCCAGGCCUGUGGAAUCUGUGGAAAAGCUGACGGUGAAGUCAGAAAGGAGUAUGUUACUCCGAACGAGCGGGUUUCCAGGAACGCAACGAGCUUCGCUCAUUCCUGGGUUCUGCCUGCAAAGAGCUGCCGUGAGGCCUCAGGGUGCUUCAUGCACUUUGAAUCGGUGAAGCUGGAGAAGCAGGUCAGGCUGGACGGUGAGGAGACUAAAUGCUACUCUGUCGAACCUGUGCUGCGCUGUCUCGCUGGCUGCCAGCCAGUGAGAACCACCUCCGUCACUGUCGGCUACCACUGCGUUCCUCUGGAGUCGAACAUGAAUCGCUCUGAUGGUCUAAGUAGCAUCUACGACAAGAGCAUUGAUGUGAGCGAGACAGCGGAGUCCCACCUGGCCUGUCGCUGCACUUCGCAGUGUGCCUAAUUGGGUCGCUUUCUGACAUUCGUUCUGUUUUUGUGUUUCCUGUGUGCUUGUAAACUAAAAUAAAGA